UUACUUGACCGUAAAAAAGGAAGUUACCUCGCUAAUUGCAAGGUUUGCUGUAGCACCAUACUGUAAUGUCGGUUACAAAUUGCAACACUUGUAAUGUCUGUGUCAAAAAGUCAUAUGCUAUAUUAAUUGAUUAGAAUCUAUUUGUUUCUGUGGGGAUUUUUGGAUUAAUUAGAUUCUGGCCCAUCAAGUAUCAUAUUAGUAAAAAAAUCCUACCUACCCGUGCCUCGCUAUGAAAGUUAAAUGCUCUUGUAUUGCUAUCAAAGUUUUUUUAUUGCAUGAGUUUAUAGGCUUUGGGCCACAAAAUACACAUAAAUCCAAUCGACUAGUCAAAAUAUACAUCUGUCCGCUACAUACAAUGCAUGAUAAUUGUUGUCAUUCAAAUAUACAUCUGUCUGCUACAUACAAUGCAUGAUAAUUGUUGUCAUUCAUUUUUGAGGGGCUGGGCGUCCACCCACCCGCUUGCCCGCUUCUGCUCUGCUCUGCUGCUGCAACGACAAGAACACAACAGAACAGAGCAAAACAAAACAAAUUCAUCUUCUUCUCUUCUGUUAACCCGCACCCCCCGCGUCGCCCCCGCUCGGGCGACUCGGGCGGGACACAACCCUAGCCGCCGGGGGCUCCCCGUCCUUUUACCCUUCCCUCCGCCGCCGCCAAAGGACGCCACCGGCCUAUAGCCCGGGGGCUGACGGCGGUGGCGGGGGCCUUCCCUCUCUCCUGCACCAUGGGGACGGUGCGGAGCCCCGCGGUAUGUGGUGGCACGGCCGAUCUGGCCUUGGUGGCGUUGCGGGCCUGCCUUCCGGCGGCGGCACGGCGGCCGCCUCGGCCUAGGGCGGAUGGUGGCGGGUGCGGCGGCUGGCCCUGCUUCGGGCAGCGGCCUUAGCUGCGUUCGGCGGCGGCGGCCGGGUCGGCGGCGAUGGACCAUCUGACCUCGGUUCGGCAGUGGCGGCAUGGAGGGCCUGGUGGUUGGGUCGGCGCCAUGUGUGGUUUGCCCUUCGGACAGAUCUGAUCUGGCCGGUGCGACCUGCUCAAUGUGCGGCGGCUCAGAUCGGCGGCGACCCGUGCACACGAUGCUUGAUGGAGGUUCCUCGAGCGGAUCCGGGUGAAAACCUAGUUCUCGGCUUGAUGCCAAGACCGGCGUUGGCAGCACUCUUUUGUGUCAUUACCUUCUUGAAGGCAUCGCCGUGGAGAAGCUCCAGACCUCUAUCCGCUACCUCCAGGGGAAACCCUAGAUCAGUAGAUCAGAUGACGGCGGCGCGUUGGUGUCGUUUCCUCCUUGGGGGCGUCAUUCUUGGAGGCGUACACGGGAUCGAGGGACCAGUGGGCGGCUUUUUUGGUGGAGCGAUGCUUCAUCCUACACAUUGAUGACGGCGGAUCUCGGCGGCGUGGUGCAAUGGAGACUCGGCGCCCGAUGCGUGGUGAUGGACUCGCGCAGGAGGAGGUUGCUGUCUGACGUCAUGGUGGCGUCGAUGGCAGAGUGGUCUGACAAGGUAGAAGCCUCAAUAUCUGCUCUGAAGACGGACAGGUGGAAGAUGGCGGCGACGACACAUGUGAGUGCGUCAGACCAGUUUAUGCCUCAGACCCGGUAUGUGGCUCGGCUGGGGCUUCUGGCUUUUGAUGAUAGGCUUAGGUGAGUGGACUGGGUAUUCGGCCCAGCUAGCGCCCCUUCAUCAUAUGGAUAGGAGUAGUGGCAUAUGAUGCCAAGACGGUGGAUUUAGGCAUAUCGUUGUAAUACUUUGUAAGAUCCUCAAGAAUAAUCAAUAAAGUGGCCGUAUGCAUCUCCCAGAUGCAGAGGCCGGGGGUCAUCCUCCUUUUCUAAAAAAAAUUCAUUUUUGAGGGGUAACUUGCUCCGAAAGUGAACGAACCACUACCAACUCAAAUCUUUAUAAGAGCAAAGAUAAUUUUAAUUAUAUGAGCGUACCUCAGUAGGUUGGUGGUGCUGAUGCACAUGGUUUGAGUCAUUUUCAACUCUGUACUCUAGUUCCGCAUGGUUAAUAACCACGAACAAAAAUCACAUUAUGAUUUGUGGCAACAUUAACCCAGUCUCUAGCUUUCCUAUGAUGCAAGUGUUUUUUCCAAUGAUACUGUUAGGUUCCUGAAGGGCUUGGAGAGCAUGUUACAUCAUCCAAGAAAGCACAAGCUAAAUGGUAUAGGAAUAUCUCUGAAGCUUAUGUAAAAACAGAACCCCCUCCUAGAACAUUGGCAGAGGCUGCCAUGCUAGUUGCUACAGCUCUGGGCAGGAUCCAGGGAGCUAAUUUGGAGGGCGUCCUUGCCUACUAUGGCUUCCCGAUUCCAAUGCCCCCUGUAGUCACCACAGAGCACCAUCCAGCAUCACUACCAGACGGGCAGUUCGUCCUGAAAACUUUGCCGAUUUAUGCAAAGUGCAUUGGAGAUGGUGAUGGCUUUACUGCUUAUGUUGACACAGCAGAUCCAACCGAAUCAGCAAAUGUGCCACAGGAAGUGCGUGAGGCUGUCAAUGCAAUGUCACAAACACCCAAGCAUAGGAACAGCCAACAGAAAAGUGUACUCCAAAGUAAGCUGAACAAAGCUGGUUAUAGGAUAAUAUAUACUUCAAAAGAUGAGAUCCUUGCAAGGCAAUACCGCUUCAGAUUGAGGGGCAUUGAUGCACAGGAGAUGGGAAUGCAAUAUGGGAAGGAGUCCCAGAAUGCGCUGGUGAACCUUAUCGCUGGCAAAAGUGUCAUGGUUUACGUAUAUGGGCAGGACCAGUAUGAUCGCUGUGUUGGAGAUAUCUAUUGUGAUGGUGUGUUCAUCCAGGUGAAACAGAAAUGCAUCUUAUUUAUCUGUUGGUUUACUUUGAUGAUAAUUGUGAUUGUGCAUUAUCAUAUAUUCAUCUCUCAGGAACAAAUGCUGAAGGAGGGUCAUGCAUGGCAUUACAAGAUUUACGAUAAAUGCAAAGAAUUUGCAAAAUGGGAGAUGAAAGCACGAGAUGCACGUCGAGGGCUUUGGGCAUCUGAUAACCCUGAGAAGCCGUGGGAUUGGAAAAGGAAGCACAACGUGAGAAAUGAGGCAUCUGAUAACCUUGAUAAGACAUGGGAAUGGAGACGGAAACCGCACAAUGCAAGACACCAGAACACCCCAAUUCAGGUGACAUUGUGUACCUGAAUCUCAAGUGAUGAGCUCUUGAAUGGUGAGGAAGUCAAACAGCCUGCUGGAGAUGUAAAUUUAGUGAAAGCGUCUGAAGCAAAAUUUGCCAUUCACUUAUUCGGAAGGGACAAUUCCAUUUAUCCCCCUAACUUAAGCCACCAUCUGGCAUUUGCCCCUAAUUUUCAGGUAUGCUCAAAAAUACCCCUCUUCCGUCAAGUCACCUUACAGAAAUGCCCUUGCCGUCCGGUCAAAGGGGUUUGACCGUCUGGUGAAUAGUAACAUGAGAAACAGUAAAUUCAAAAAAAAUAGCAAAAAAUAAAUAAAAAAAUCUGAAAUUUUGUGGGAUCGAAGAUACUUAAGGGCGCAAGGUGUGUGCAAAUUUUUGCGUUGUUUGGACAUUCCAGGAACUCGUGGGAAAGGAAAAAAUGUAAAUCUAUACGCUGUGAACAGUAAAUUAAAAAAAAUAGCAAGAAAUUUUUAAAAAAUAUGAAUUUUAUUGGCAUCAAAGAGGCUUGGGUGCGCAAGGGGCUUGCAAAUUUUUGUGGUCAAAUGGCAUGCGAGGUGCUCUAGCAAAAAAAACAAAAUAGUGCAUUUUUUCAAAGUUUUUUUCUGCGCCAAAUUUUGUUUUUUCUCCACGAGCUCCUAUAGUGUCGAAACGCAAAAAAAUUGCACGCACCUUGCGCACCCCAGCCUCUUUGAUGCCAAAAAAUUUCAUAUUUUUUUGAAUUUUCUUGCUAUUUUUUUUGAAUUUACUGCUCAGAGCGUACAUUUUAAAGUUUUUCGUUUGACACGAGCUGCUGGAAUGUCCAAACUGUGCCAAAAUUUGCACGCGCCUUGCUCCCUUGAGUAUCUUUGAUCCCACAAAAUUUCAGAUUUUUUUGCUAUUUUUUUCGAAUUUACUGUUCACCAUUUACUAUUCACCAAACGGUCAAACCCCUUUGACCAAACGGUAGCGACACAGAAGGGCAUUUCUGUAAGGUGACUUGAUGGAAGAGGGGUAUUUUUGAGCAUACCUGAAAAUUAGGGGCAAAUGCCAGGUGGUGGCUCAAGUUAGGGGGAUAAAUGGAAUUGUCCCUAUUCGGAAUCUCUAUGGAGUUUGAGCUGAGAAUGUAUAGAUUAACUAUGAUGAGUACUGUGUUGAAAUAUUGCAAUAAUGACUAAUUUGUGCCAGUUCAGGCAGCAUAAA